AUGACCGACAUACCAGACGCACCAGCUACACCGAACCCAAACAAUAACAGUUUCGAAGUUGCCGAGGAGCCCCCACAGCCGGCGGUCACCAUCCCUCCCACCGACAGGACUGAAUUGAUCAACAAAGCGCGCGGUUUCCUGCUAUCCCCGCAGGUCCGGCACGAGGACAUUUCAGCCAAACGCAAAUUUCUCGCGGAGAAGGGACUCGACGAUGCAGAGAUUGACGGAUUGCUGCAGGAGCUGCCCCCGCAAGUGCCGGUGGUUCCCCCACGGACGUACCCUCAACCCCCACCAUCCAAUCUUCCGAACCUGCUGAUAGGGGUGGCGAGGAUCGUGAGCUGGAUCGCAGGUGGAUCGGUCACGCUUCUCGUGAUAUACUUUCGCUUCCUCUACCCCAGGGUCUCCCAGACCUUCCAGGCUUGCCACUCGUUACGCGUCCACCAGAAGGACCUCCUUAGCAGGUUUACCGAGUCGCUGGAGUCACUGAAGGCGACACAGGAGGAGACGUUUGCUGUGCUACCUCGGCCGGAACCCUGGAGUGAUGCGCGAUUCGGUCACUGUCAAACGCUUGAUGAGCUUGCGAAGGCCACCGAAGAUGUGCAGGAUGUCCCAGAGGUGACGCUCCUGCGUUGUGCAAUUGCAGAUGUAGUCUCGGCUGGGAAGAAGCCUACGGCGGAGGAGUUGUUCCUCUCGCUCGAGGCGAAGUUACCAUGGCUGAAGGAGGAAUCGGCCGCCGAGUAUGAGGGAAGGCUUUGGGAGACUCUCUCUACGAAUCCACUGUUCCUCCGCGAGGAAUCGGAGGGCACCAUGACGUGGUCAUACGAACCACCAGAGCAACCAUCACCACCUCCUAUCGUAACUUCGCUCGAUAAGCUGAAGCAGGCGAUGUCCGCACCACCGCACUCGCAGACGAGCCGGUUCCAGCACACAUUGGCGGCGCUGACAGACCUCACAGGCUACAUCGCCACGCAAACGUAUGCGCAGUUCCGUUUGCCGAACAUGGGUUAUGGCGGCGGCGCGCCGCCGACGAGCACUGAAGAAGAUGAGGUUAAGCGGGAGAUUAGGGCGUUGAAGGGGCUCGUGCUGAACAGGCGGACGUUCAUGCCGAGCUUACCAAGACCACCGUCCUUCACCUCGCCACUAGGCGCACGUCCUGACAACACAGCCACUCCCUGA